AUGCGUUGUUUAGAUACAUUAGCUGCUUAUUAUGUUAAACGUAAUCAUCAUGAAAAAGCUAAAGAUAAAAAACGUGAAUAUUUUACUCCAUCUACAUUACUUUAUAUGCAUAAUUAUACACAUGUUCGUCAAUUAGCAAUGCAUGCGUUGAAUUAUACAGAAAACGAAGCCAUGCAAGCAGAAAGUUGUUAUCAUUUAGCGCAAGAUUAUCAUGCUGAAUGGAAUUAUGAAGAAGCAUUUCGUUAUUAUUAUCAAACAACACAUUUAGCACUGGAAAAGUUUGUUUUACCAUUAUUUGAUCUUGAAUAA